AUGGUUAGAGGAAGUACAUUAGGAGACGACAUUGGGUAGGUUUUUUUUAAUUACUUUGUUUGGGAAACACUCAUGCCGUGGAUGGAGGUUCUCAGUUUGGCGUGUAUAUAUAAGCAUAUGAACCACGUUGGAUCUCGAUAUUUUAGAUUUAGUUGUAAUCUCAUAGUGUUCUCCUUUUCUUAAAGGAAAAUCUUCGUUGGUGGAUUAUCACACGAGACGACACAAGGUAUUCGAUUAUUGUAGCAAUCAAUCAGUCCUAAGCGUCAAUUUGACCGACUCCUACAUAAUUUGUUUGAUCUACAUGUUGGAGAAGUUUUAUUUUAUGAACCUCGUUGAAAUUCAAUUAAUAUGAUAUUUACGUUUUUCUAAACAGGUACUUAACACUUUUAUUUACGCAGAAUCACUGAAGAGUUAUUUUUCAUCGUUUGGCGAAGUGACAGAUGUUGUUGUAAUGAGAGACACCGUCACAAAAAAACCAAGGUACUGUCAGUUAUUAGUACUAUUGCGGCCUCCAUGUGUUGGUGUGUUGUUAUUUAUUCAAUCUACUCCUAUUGGGGGUGAAAAUAUAUUCUGUUCACCGGAAAGUAACAAAACUGGACAUCACCGUCGUUGUCCUGUUUGAAUUGUAUGUUUUUUUUUCUAAUCCAGAUGUAAUUUUUUUAUAUAUUGUUUUGAAUGAUUAAAACUCAGGAAAUACAGUAGUAAUGUUUUUUCAGAGUUUGCGAUUAAGAUAUUUUGAAAUUGCAAAAGACAGAGCAGAAACAUACUGUUAUAGAUACAAGUGGUUAGGUAAAAAACAACAUGUCCCUGUUUAAGUUGUUGUGUUAGCUUUUUGUUGUUUGUGGAUCCAUUCAGUUACUGAAAUACCAAUAAUCUUAAUUCUCCCAUUAGGACACCUUGCCCCUGCUUUUACAGAUGUUUUCAGUCCUAUGUGUGUGCAUGCCAUACAUUUUUUUUAGCUUGUGAAAGCAUUAAAAUAGGAAAAAUGGUACAAGUAGUACUAGACAAGUACUAAUAAAUAUUACUCUAGAUAAGCUGUUUCUCAGUAAAUAGAUAAUAGUGUUGUUGACAUGCUGAUUUGAUGUUUAAAAAAAAAUCACAUUUGGGAAAAAUGUGGGUAAUAUUCCCCUUGAUUAAGUGUUCCCCUCCUCUUUCCCUAAAGAAUACCCCAUGUUGUUAACUAAUUGUGAAAUAAGUGCCUCAGGUGCUAAAUUGAGGAUUUACAAAGUAUUUUUGAUGGUGUUUGGUGUUUCAUGUGUAUUGUGUUUUCUCAUAAAAAGGGGCUUUGGAUUUGUGACAUUUCAAGAUCCAAACUCAGUACAGAAGGUUCUCAACCAUCCCGGAUCACAUGUUGUGGACAAGAAACCAGUAAGGCAGUGUUGUUAACUGACUAGAAUUUUAUGUAAAAUUUAGGGAAAGUUGUUUUUAGGAUAUGAGAUGACCAUGGGUCACUAGGAGUUUUAUCUUCUAGGUACUUCUUAUACCUAUAGGUAACACCUCUCACAAGUAAUGAGAUUGAAUAAUUGAGAAAUAUCAUUCAGUGAUAGGCAGACUGUACAUGAGGGUUUAUUUUCUUUCAAAACUAUUCAUAUUCCUUCAUAAGAUUGUCCAGUGAAACACAUUUUUAAAUUACACUACAGUGCAGUAGCUCAAAUUUAUUGUCUGUUCGGUAGUGAAACAGGGCUUGUUCAGUAAUUGGAUAGGUUUAGAUGUUGUUUCUGAAAAAAUGAAAUGGUGUGAUUUGAAAGCAGUUAUAAUGUUCCAAAACCCUGUACUAUAUAUUUUCAUGUUUUUUAUUUCUUUUUUUUUUGUUUUGUUUUUUAGUGUGUAACUGAAGGUAUCCCUGCAUUUUAACAUUGAUUGUUUUGUUUUUUGUUUUGUUUUGUUUGCUUUUUUUUUUCCAGAUUGAUCCUAAGCAAGCAGUUCCUCGUGGUCCUGGGCAGGCAGGAUCAGUCUCAGUUCAACCAAGUGUAGGUUAAAUUUAAUUUCCUUGAUAGAGGUUCAAUCCAUUUUAGUUUAGUUCACAAUGAACUUGUUUCUCUACUAAAGCUUGAUGUUCAUGAAGUAUUUUAUUUCAUCCUUGAAGGAUGAUAAUCAAUAUAACUUAUAAAAUAAUAUAAUUUAAUUACUGAAUAUCUUUAAAAAAUUCAUUUCCUGUCAAAACAUUUCUGAAAAAAUUACAUUUUGUCUAGAUAAAUAUUUCAUUAACUUAGUUAGAAUUCAUAUUUCUUUUCAUGUUAUCAGUUUAUCUAGGGUCUAUCAGAAAACCAAAUAUUCCUUUUCUCCCCCUUGAUUUCAAUGAGAUUUUCUUACAAGAUUCUAUGACAUACAUCUGAAAUCUUUAAUUCUCAUAAAUUUAUCAGUAAUAAUUAUUGUUUUCCUCUCAGAGAGACAAUAAUGAAAUGAAGAUUUUUGUCGGAGGAAUUGCAAAUGGAACCACAGAAGAAGACCUCAGCAACUAUUUUUCUGCUUAUGGCAAGGUACAUGAUUGUAUACUUGUGAAAUUAACCCUUUAACUCUCAUGAGUGACCAAACAGAAUUUCCCCUUACAAUAUAUAAAUACAAUAUCAAGAAGUAUUUUCUUGUUGCUUCUCUCCAAACAAAUUCAAUUGAAAUUAGAUGAAGAGACUCCCUCUGAAUUUUCUUAACCCUUUAAACCCUGAGAGUAACCAGCAGCUAAUUUCUCUGCAAAGUACCCUUGCUGAAUCUAGCAUUCAAGGCAUGAGAAUGAAGGAAAUGAUGGCCAUUAAAGAAGCUCUCCUGGUCAUUACCAUAGGAAAUAGGAAGAGAACAGUGUGGAGAUUGUUUGUUCUAAUGUUAGGGUAUAAUGGGUUAAAUUAGAGAGUAUGAUAAGAAGAAUAUGAAAGCUUUCCUGCCUUUGCCCCAACUGCUUGUAACAAUACUAACCCAGAAUGAACUAAGAGGAGUUUCCCAAGGGGUAUUAUGUACUAAAGAAGAAGGAAAUCAUUUGCCUUGAUAAGUGUUGCUCUGUCACAAGUCCUUGGUGCUCAGGGUGUCAAACGAGGCAAAAAGCAAAGUAACCCUUGAAUACAGUUCUCAGGUCUGUUAAAAAUGUUAUUUCUUACUUGGUUGUGGAUUUGAGGGUACAGAUUUAUGAACUCAAUAAUUUCUUAGAUUCAAUUCUGCACCUACAGUUAACUAGCUGUUGUUAACUGUGAUGAUGACUUCCAUUAACCCUUUGACUCCUAAGAGUGUUUAACAUCUGAUUUUUCCUUAUGAUAAUACCUCUGAGUCACACGUUAAGGCCACACAAAUAAUUUAAGAAAUUAUCAAAUACCAAAGAAGCUCGUGAUUGUUAAAGAAAUUCUCCUUGUCAGCACCUUUAGAAAUGUAUGAAGAACAGUAUGUAGAAUAUGUAUACUGAUUUUAGGGUGUCCAGUCAUUAUCACCAACAACAGUUCUUUUCAGGAACUUCUGUUGGAUGAGAAGAAUACACAACCCAAUGAAAAGUUCAGUCCUUGGUACUCUGAUAUACUCUGAUAGAAUCAACUUCAGUAUUGCCAAUCUUUUGUAGAAUGCAUAGUUUUGGUAGAAUUUUAAAAAUAUUAUUGCUACAUCUUCAUUUCUUUCAAGGUAAUACAUGUAAAUUUGAUGUAUGAACACAAUCAGCCUGAUGGUACAAAGAGGAUGAGAGGUAAUUUUUUGUUAAGUUCUGCUUUCUACUACAUAUCUCUGUUUGAAGAAGAAAAUAAUGGGGGAAUGUGCCAGCUCCUUUACCAUAGUUCAGUGCUUUUUUUCAAUCCUGGUAUACUUGGCAAAACAAAUUUAACCCCUAUGUCUAUAGCCAGAAAAACAAACACUACUGUAUGUGACUGUCAGUUUGUGCUUAUUGAACUUACAUCCAACAUGUCUUUUUGAUCCUGAAUUUCAUAUGCUCUGAAAUUAAUUAUGAAUUGUUCACAAUUAAAUUGUUUCAGUUGAAGCUCUGUCCCAAACUGUGAACAGAUUGCACUGUAUUGCACUGACCCAAAUAUAUUCCAAACUCGUGCUUGCUAUUCCAAUGGCCAAAGUUGUCACAUUCCGCCAAUAUUUGAACCUAAAAAAAAAAAAUGGUUCUUCAAGUACAGUUGUAUGUAUUGAGCUUCUGCAUUUCUUCUGGCAGUAUCUUUUUUUAUGCAAAUGCCUGUCAUUGAGGCUUCCCAAGUACCAAAGUUAUAGUUGUACAUAUCUCAUACAGUACAUCAGCUCAAUUGGCUUUACUCAUAUACUUGUUGCAAUGCCUAGAGUAUGCUUGAAUAUUUUAAAGGAACUUAUGGGGAGUUAAAGCUCUGUAACGCUGAUGUGCUGAUGUAGUGCUGUUACAAUCAAGCACUUCUAGAUUGAGUUCACUUCAUAUACUAAUGUUAUUUAUUUAAUUAUUUCUACUUUAGGUACAACUAUAUAUUUCAAUAUAUAUUUACUUGUUAGUGCUGUAGGUAGCUUUGUUAAGUGGUGUAUUGUAAUAAGUGUGUUUGACAAGCAGGGUCAGAUACCACAAGAGUUUAAAUUUAUUUCUGUUAUUCUAUACCUUUACAAAUGAAUAAUUUGCUAUUUUAUUGAUCCUAAUUAUGGAGGCAGGUUCCAAAUGAAACCUAUCGUAGGAUUUUUUCUCUAGGCUACAAAUAAUUAAGGACAUAAAAUUUGCUAGUAAUCUUUUACUCUUAAGGGAGAACUACUUUACUUAGAAUAUUUAAACUUGGAUUUGUGAUAAGUGAUAGAAAUUGUAUAGCAUCAUUUAUUAAUUUGGCACUAUGAUGAAAAUAAUUUAAUUAUUGAUAGGUUAAAUCAUUAUAAUCAGGUUUAUAAAGUACUUAACUACAAAAAAUACUGGGGAAAUCUAGUGUUAUCAUGGCCCUGUACCAGAUUGUACACUGUGUUCAUCCUCUAGUUUGUGUCUUAAUUUACUUCAGUUACCAGUGAUUAGUUUUUUUUGUGUACAUGUUACUGUCAUUUUUGUGAAUGUGAUGUUUAAAGUUAAAGUUGCCAUUGUUUUUAUGAUGGAAGUUCAUUCGCGACAGAUGUUUGAUCAGCUCAACUUGACAUCUGUGAUAGACGUGCAGCAGCAGUAGAUCCAUUUAUAUCCCAAGUGGCUUGCAGCUGUACUCACAGUGUAUUUGUCACUGUCAUUGCAGUCUGCAUGAUCAGGAGAAUUUUGAUAACUGUGUUUUGUUACAUGCAUGUUUGUUUGUUUGUUUUGUCUGUGUGAAGUUGUCACUGUCUGUGCUAUUCAGGAUUAACCUAUUUUAUGAUGUUAUUAUAUUAUACUAUAUUAGGCUUUGGUUUUGUAACGUUUGAUUCAAGCCUACCCGUUGAGAAGACUGCCAAUAUUCAUUAUCACCAAAUCAAUGGAAAAACGGUGUAGUUAUUGUUUAGUUACUUAAAUAUAUACUAUUGUGUUUUUUUUGGGGGGUAGGGGGCCUAUCCUCUUCUUUGGUCCAAGGAGAUACUCAUUGUUUAAGUGUUGUAAGUGGUGAUUGAGUCUUAGAAAUGGUGGAAGGAGAGGUCUAGGGAAUGAGUAACUUUUGCUGGCGAUGAGUUCUUCUGCAACUACAUGUACAUGUUCAGGGAGACAGGUGUUCUUUUAAAUGUGAUCUUGACAAAUUUCAUGAAAGAUAAUUUUAAUGGCUCAUGAUUCCUUACUUAUGCACUCAGUUUACACUUUAUCAAUGGCUACCUGUCUACAGUAGCCAUAGAGGAUACUUGCAGUCACUCUCAUUUAAACCAUCCUCAAUAGAAAUGUCCACCAAAGCAUGUCUUAACGGCCCUACAUAGCUUUCAACAAUGGUUAGCAGGUCAACAAAUCACUAUUUUCUAUGUUCAUGUUGCUUCAUCUCUUAAUAUUAUAAAGAACAAUACUUAUUGUUAUUAAAUAGUACAGUAACUGUUUAUGAAGUAAAGCUGUCCUGUGUUCUACACAAUGCAAUGCAAACUGGAGCAUCUUUCAGAGAUAAUUCUUUUGUGUAAGGGCUUUUUCUCAUAAAUUUUUGAAGACCUGGAUUCACUUGUGGUGAUUGACAAGAAGUUGCCAUAGGAGACAACUUUGUAAUUUUCUUGACAGAUUACUAUACUGCCACAAGCCACAGAGUAAGCUGUGCUGAAUAAGUGAACAGACCAUUUUCCAUAUGCAAUUUUUACAAAUUAUUUGUACUUUCCAGUUUUAUCAAAGGUAUUUGUGAAUGAAAAUUUAACUUUCCAUAAUGUGUCAACUGCAAGAAGUCUCAAUUCUUAGCUAUUUCUAAGUGUGUAAAGUUUAUCUUGCUGGUUCAAUUGGAAUCUUAUGUUCUUAUUUGUUAACUCUCCUUCUUUAAAACUAAUUGACUUAGAAAGUAUAUUAAGAAAUCAAAUCAGAGUGACAGAGACUGAAAGGACAAAGUUAAAUAGAUUUUUAUGCUGGUAGGUUGGGCAUAAAACAGUACACAUCAACACUUUUUUAAGACUUUCUUGCCCAAGUGAUUAUGCAGACUGUGUUAUUUAUUUGGAUUUUGCAUAUUUAUGAAUAUUUUCUGCAACAUUGUCCUUGAGUAUGCUAUAGAAAGGCAAAACAAUUCCAUAAAUGUUUGUUAUUUAUUUUUUCUUUUUAUCAGUAAGCUUCAUAUGCAGAACAAUGCAGUCCAACUGCAAUAAUCCAGAUGUGAAUUUUGACAUACAUUAUUUUGCAACUGCAAUUAUUUUUAGAAGAAAAGUUAUUACUUACCAUUGAAAAAUGUUUUUGUAAAUUUUAAACUACUUACCAGUCAUUAAUUUGUUUCCACUGAGUCCUUGUCCUUCUCUUCAUUUCUUCAUUCUCUCAAACUAUUUUGCUAGUUAUGGUAAAAUAAUCGCAAUAGUUUUGUCUCAACAUUACCUGUGGAUAAAUGAAUUGCUAGUAACAAAUUUCCCAAAACUCAUUUGUCUUGCAUAAUAUUCUUUUGAAAUAAGGUUAUUUAAUUCAAAUACAAACAUUUAUUUUCUUCCAGUUACUUGGAGGGCUUUUGUAGAUUUUUUUGUUUUUGCUGUCAAGCAGAUAAAUACUCUCCUUUACUCUAAGGUUCACAAGAUGAGUCAAAUUAAUCAAAUACAUGAAAUAAUUAUGGAGUCAUUGCAUAUCAUUUGAUUUAUUACUCUUAUCAAGUGUACAGUUUAUUACACCUUUUAUGGCUGAUGUUCUGGGCCAUGGCCAUCUUUAAGUAAUCACUCUGCAUGUAUAUUGCUACUUCUGGUGCUUCCUUAAGUCUUCUUCUUCUUCCACUGACUGGUGAAACAUGAGGCUGAUCAAAGCAACUAUGGUUGAGAUCCUUCACGACUCCUGCAGACUUUAUACUCAACUAAGUUGAUGAACAAGUUUUUACUUGUUUGUGGUCACUUUUUCUAGCUGUCACAAAAGAGUUUGACCACUCCCUUGGAUUAAAAACUUCAUCUUUUUCUUAUAUUCACUGAAAAUGAAGGUUUGGUUUUCUUAGUUAGACAGCAGUUAGUUUUGGCAUUUGGAUCAAUACUUUCAAAUUCGACUAUUGAUCAUAAGAGACUAAAACAUAAUCCUUUUAACAUUUUUACAUAAUCAGGACAUGUAGCCAUGUAGUAUUAUUUCCUUGGCUGAGUUACAAAUAACAUUAUCAACAGUAGAAUAUGUUUUUAACUUUGGAAAUAUUUUAUAUUAGUGCUGCUGUUUUUAAUUGGAUCAUUUAAAAAAGGCAAACAAUCACAUUAUAGGAAAUAAACAAUUCCAGCAAAAUUUAAAUUGGUCUUAGGGCCAAAGCAAGCUAAAAAAGGGGAAAAAAAACUGAUUAAAUUCAUUGGAUAUUUCCUGUAAUUAGAUUGGCCAGUUUUGUUUAACUGAUCCUAGUAACAAUAGCCAGAAAGUGGUUGCUCAGUGUAACCAACUGAAACCAACUGUGAUUCUCCAAGGUUUAUAACUUUGUUAUAAUGUCAUUGAUUUUUGUUCAUUUCAGGUGGAGGUGAAGAGAGCAGAGAAGCGUGAUUCCAAGGCAAUGGGAGCUAUGCAGGGUAUGGGUGGCUAUCAACAGCAACAUGGGGGUCAUCCUGGAUAUGGCGCAGCUGCAUAUGCACAAACAGGUAUCAGUUUACACAAGUCAACGCUGAUGAUGUCUCCACUUAGGUUGUCAAAAUGCCAGUCACUACUAUUUACAACAAUUCUCUAGAACAAUCUCACCUGAAUAGUCAGAAUACACCAUCAAAUUAAUAUUUUUAAAUAACUGUGACUGUAUGAAAAUCAAAUAUGUGAACUACAGGUAGAGACAUGAAUAGGAAAGCAAUCUUCACAGUAAUGAUUACUACUUGAGGAGUAGUGAAAAUAAGGCCUGAAAAAAAGUUCAGGCCUGUACAGGAUUUGAACCCAUGACCUCUGUGACACUGGUGUAGUGCUCUACCAACUGAGCUAAUAAGCCAAUUGGGAGCUGGUCACUAGUUGGUUCCAAAUGAACCCGUGAAAUGAUGAAUAAAUAACCAUGAAUAUAUGAAAAUCAUAUUUUUUUUUUCACAGAAGUUCAAGUAGUGGCCAAGAUUGCUUUCAUACUCACGUCUUUAUCUGCAGUUCACAUAUAUAAUUUUCGUAUAUUCACAAUUAUUUAUUCAUCACUGGUAGAGCACUUCACCGGUAUCACAAAGGUCAUAGGUUCAAAUCCCAUACAGGCCUAAAUUUUUUUAAGGCCUUAUUUGCACUGUUGCUCAAGUUCAUUACUGAAGAAAGUGAAGAUUGCUUUCAUAUUCAUCUUAAUAUUUUUGUUCUUCUAACUAACUGGUCUAACUAUUAGUAUAUACAGGCAUAAUGAUAAAAGCAAGCCUCUCCAAAAUGAAAGAAUUUUCAAACCAGAUUAGCAGAGUAACAGAUUCAUGUCUCAAAUAUGGAAGCGAUCCUCGCAUUUACAACACAACUUAAGUGGUAGUGAAAAUGAGGCCUGGAAAAAUUCAGGAUUGUAUGGGAUUUGAACCCAUGACCUCUGCAGUACCCAUGCACUGCUCUACCAACUGAGCUAACGAGCCAACUGGGAGCUGGUCAUUAUGUUGGUAACAUAAUAACAUAAUGACCAGCUCCCAGUUGGCUCGUUAGCUCAGUUGGUAGAGUGUUGCAUGGGUAUUGCAGAGGUCAUUGGUUCAAAUCCUGUAGAAGCCUGAAUUUCUUUCAGGCCUUAUUUUCAUUGCUAAGUAGUGUUCAUAACUGCAAGGUUCACUUCCAUAUUCAUUUCCUCAACCACAGUUUACACAUAUGAUUAUCAUAUAUUUACAGUCAGAUACACAUCUUUUUCUUGUUUCUUGCUGUUGUUGUUGAUUUUUUCUUUACUUCAAUUUUUAAUGAAACACAUUUCAUUCCUCAAUUUUACUGUAUUGUGAGGCACAUUAAGUAUAGGCAAGAUAAAUUUGCGGUCAGUGGGUUUAGUAUGGCCUCGCAGCUACAGCUUAGAUAAGUUCAUAUUUUUAAGUUGUGAAAAUUCUGUUAAAAUACAUGAAGUUACAAGUGUUUGUUUUGGGUUUGGUUUUUUGCAGGUCCAUAUGGCAUGCAACAUCCAAUAGGGAUGGGGCGUGGUUUUCCUUCUUAUGGUGCCAUGGGUCCUGGUGCAGGAGCUGCUACCUCUGGUUUUGCUGGGGCACCAGGCCCAUCUCCUGCAUAUGGAUAUGGUAAGUUCCAGCCAGUCAUCCUUAAAACUUCAAUCUUAGUCAGUUGUCUCUGUUCCAAACCAUCCUUGUUACUUUUUGGUUGACUCUAUUUACUGAUGUGUAUCCACUCCAGCAAACGAUUAUUUUGACGCGACAAUAAGGUUUGAUAGCUCAACAUCUUGAUAAUACGUGGGUUCAAGGCUGUAAGGAAAAAAAAUUGUAUGGCUGACAUUAUAGCUCAUUGUGAGCCCGUCAGCGGUUGCUCAAGUUCAGCUGGUAUAACAGACUGCAAAAUUAGAGACUGAGGUUUGAAUUCCUUCUUGAACUUUCUCUCUGUGUCCCAUGCCUGCGAGAAAUGUGUCACAACUUUCCUUGCAAUUCUAGUACUCCCAGGGAAAUACAGAAGUUUCAGUUGGUGGAAUAGGGUCAGUCAUAGUAAUAGUGUAUUCUUCAAAGCGAUUUGGUAUCUUAUGGAAUUGUUUUGGUUUGUGAUAGGUACAACAGCACCUGGUGUACCAACAGCAUAUGAUCCUAAUGCUGCGGCAGCUGCUAUGUAUGGUCGAGGUUCUACUGCAGGUAGAGAUUAUAUCACCUUGCUGUUUUGAAUAUCUAACAGAACAGACAGUGACUCGACGAGUUUCAUCGGUAUCAUAGGCUGGAAUGAUCUGAUGUAAAACAGGGGUGGAGGGGUAGGGAUGUAGCCUACGUCCUUUUCCCCUUUUUUGUGUUAGUUGUGUAAAUGAGUUUGACUCGCUACAGCUUUUCCGUCGUUUGUUUUGUUGUCUCCAGGUUAUGGAACUGGAUAUGGUGGUGCAGCCGGUGUUGCCACCCAACAAGCAUCAGCAUCAGGAGCAGGGGCACCAGGAGGGUACCCUGACUAUAGCAGGAUGCAAGUAUCCCAAGCUGGGCAGCCUGGGGCAGCAGCUGGAGCCGCUCAUGUUGACAGUUCAGUAGCACCAGACUACUCUGUGUAUGGUAGGUGACUAACCUUGUAGCUAAGGAGUAGUAGGAAGGGUCGAUGGAUACUAUGGUGGGUGACCUCAAUCUCGGUCAUUAAAAAAGUUUUGAUUUAUGCAGAAACAACCUGUCUCCCACCAUUAAAUCCUGAUGCCCUGGUGGUGGACUUUCCCCAGUAGAAAGGAGUUGUAAGCUCGAGUGGAGAUAAUUGCUAACUCCCUGUGUGAUGUCCCUCAAAAAUUACUGCAAAAUUGUUCAAAAUUCAUCAACGGCUUGAUGUUUUAUAGUCACCUCAGGUUAUUCAUUGUUUGUGUAGAGGUUAAUGCUGUAGUUACUUCCAUUUUGUGGAGGAAUACCAAGUUGUCCAUAGCAGAGCGAUAACAUUUGAUUAAUAAUUCAUCCUCAUUUUUAAACUCGUGUAGAGAUAAUUUAUGUACACUUCCCUAAACUCACAGCUGUUGUUUUAUAUUUAGGCCUUGGUAACUACCAGCAACAGCAAGAUUUACAGUACGGCCCAACACGGACUUCAUACUCCUCUGAAAGCAACUUUGCAGCCUAUGGCUCUGCUGAGCCCGCUGGUUACACCGGGGCUGCAGCCCCGGCAUACGGGGAAACGUUUGGAAGGGGGACUGCUCCAUCACGUGGAUUUCAUCCGUACGGCCGAUAAAACAGUAGAACGCACGUGAUGGUGAAAGGGCGGAUCUUGGAUCACAAAUCUUCGUUACCUCGUUGCCAAUAUUCUGGAAAAUCUGCGUUUUUCUUUUCAUGGCACGCAUUAUGUUCAGAGAAAACGGAAGGACAAUAGUUUUUAGCUCCAUUACCAUUGUAAAUUGCGAAAGAUGUUUUUUCUUCGUUUUGCUUUUUCAGAUACAUCGACGCCAUAAGCCCAGCUUCUCUUCGGUGAAGCUGGAAAUAGAAGUUAGAAGUGCAGUUGGUUGGCUGUACUUUUAUUUACUUUAAUAGUGUAAUUGGCAGAUUGUAGCCUUGGAAAUAAAUCUUAUUACCUGCGCAGACUCGUUUUAGAAUAAAAUGUAUUUUAACUGCUCAGUGCAAUCACGUUUGGUCUUGUCAUUCUUCUGUUCCACUGCUACGGCACUGUUUAUUUUCACACUUUGUAUUUACUAACUGAACGCCUGGAGCAAGCAAGACUCACUGGGUUGUGUGGUCGUUUAUCAUAGUUACAGUGGAUUAAGAUGGAAUCAACUUUGAACUGAACCAUCACUUCCUUUUACCUCGAUACAGGAAAUUAUCG